GGCGGAAGCAAAGUUAUCGUAGUCACUAACUGUCAAAAACAAAAUGUGACAUUCUGAACAGAAUACUUAAGUUUCUACUUAAACGUUUAGUAAAAUGUUAUCAAAAUUUGCAUAUGUUUGUUUAUUUUUGGCUUUAACUUUAUUGCACAUCUGUGCACAUUUGAAGCCCACCAUUGAGGCCCAUGCGAGCAUUAAGACAAUCAAUUUACGGCUCUCACGUAAACUGAACCUCUAUUUGGGCUAUGAGUAUCAUCAUACAAUGCUUUGGCAAGCAGUCAUGAAUUCUGCUCUGCUCGUAAUUGGGAUCUGGCUUUGUCAACGAGAGGUCGAUAGAAAAAAAGAACGUACUUUUGACGAGGAGCUUAAGCUGGACCGUCCCCAUCUAAUCUCUGCAGCAACCGAGGUAAAAUUGAACUGGUUGCGCAGCAGAGUCAAGCCUCCGUCUAAGUGGGACCUAUUGCCGAAACGCAUAUUUGCCUGGUUUAGUGUGCCGUGGCUGUCGACCUUCGUAAUGAAUGAAUUUUGCAAUUAUGCUCAACUUAAUCUGGUAAUGCAACACUUUUGCACCUCGGCGCCGGAAGUUCUUCUACUUCAUGUUCGUGUCCAGCUGCUCUAUCUGCAGCAUCUGGUCUGCAGCAUUGUUGGGCGAAACUUGCUGCAAUUCACUGGAGCUUUUGCGUCUCUUACUGAUUCCCAUAUGAACUACAUUAAAUACGAGACGAAUCUGUUUGUUAAAGACGAGUAAAUGGGAGCUCCAAAUUGAUGAGUUUGCCAAAUCAAAAUUUAAUGUACGGCACCUAUUCACGUUAGCUUAAGUAAUAAAUGCGCAUACUUAAAAUUAAACAAU